AUGGCCGCUUACAAUUCAUACCCCGUCGUCCCAUCGACCGCCAACCUACGAGGUCCGCAAUUUCUUGCGAAUCGCGCGGCUUGGAAAGACCUGCUCUUGAAGUUUGAAAGUGCUUCUAAGGAUUCCGUAGCAGAGGGAGCACAGCAGUAUUUGAGCAGACAUCAAACGAGAGGACAGCUGCUUGCACGAGAUAGAAUAUCGCUUCUCUUGGACGCAGACUCACCGUUUUUGGAACUAUGCGCGUUCGCUGGUUGGGACCAAGAAGAUCAGCCCGCGUGCGGAAAUCUCAUUUCUGGGAUAGGUAGCGUUUGCGGACGACCUUGCCUCAUCCUCUCUCACAUUCCAACACAGAGUGGUGGCUCGUGGAGUAAACUUACUGUGCCAAAGCAGAACCGUGUAACAGAGAUAGCGAAUGAAAACAAAUUGCCUAUUGUGGCACUCGUACAAUCAGCCGGUGUCUUUCUCCCCCAUCAGUUCGACAUCUUCCACAAAGGCGCCCAAAUCUUUCGGGAUCUCUCGCAACGGAGUCAGAAUGRGACUCAAUCCUGUGCCAUUGUCUUUGGAACGUCAACUGCUGGCGGGGCUUAUCAUCCUGCKCUGUCAGAUUACAGCAUUUUCGUCAAGGGGCAGGCGCAGGUUUUCCUUGGCGGACCUCCACUGGUACAAAUGGCCACUGGUGAGGUCGUGGAUGCCGAGACUUUGGGUGGUGCGGAAACACAUGCAAAACUCACCGGAUUGGCCGAUCAGAUUGCUGUGGACGAAUUUGAUGCAAUCCGCAAGGCCAGGGAGUGGAUCGUCACGCUACCCGAGCCCAUGCCCAACUUCAAUAUUCUUGAGAAUCCUCUUCCACCUCGCUACCCCGCUGAGGAUUUAUUGUCUUUGGUGGACCCAGACAUUCGGAAGCCGUUUGAUAUGUUGGAAGUUCUCCUACGCAUCACAGACGACUCUAGACUUUCCAUGUUCAAGCCUAGUUUUGGCAGCAACCUCAUCACCUGCUUCGCCCAGAUUACAGGGCAUAAUGUUGGAAUUGUAGCCAACAGGAUCCCCGUCAUCAAUGGUGACGAAGCAUCCAAAGGCGCCCAGUUCAUCCGAAUGUGUAAUCAGUCGAACCUCCCAAUCCUCUUCCUCCACAACGUAACAGGAUUCAUGGUCGGCGUCAAAGCCGAACACUCCGCAAUAAUAAAAAAAGGAGCACAAAUGGUCUCAGCAGUAAGCUGUUCCAAAGUACCCCACAUCUCCAUCAUCCUCGGCGCUUCCUACGGAGCAGGCAACUACGCCAUGUGCGGCCGCGGCUACAAACCUCGCUUCAUGUUCACCUGGCCGAGUGGGAGAUGCAGCGUUAUGGGCCCUGAUCAACUCGCUGGCGUGAUGCGGAAUAUCGAGGCUAGUAGUGCGAAAUCUAAAGGUGUGGUUAUGGAUCAGGAAGCUGUGGGGAAGAGAGUGGAGAGUUUGAGACGGACGGUAAUGAGGGAUGGGGAUCCUUAUAGGACUAGUUCGGUUUUGCUUGAUGAUGGGGUUAUUGAUCCUAGAGAUACGAGAGAGGUUGUGGGGAUGUGUUUGGAAAUUGUCAAGGGUCCGGAUGUUAAGGGCGCUGCGGCUCAUGAUAUCCUUUCUCGACUGUAG